AAAACAGGACCUCAUGUUGUUGCAGGAAAUGUUUUAGAUAGCGUGGGUGUAUGAGUAAAGAGAGUCACAUUUUCUUAAUUAUGUUUAUUGCUUCUGACAGCAAAGAUCUUGAUUUCAGAGGUUUCUCUCUUAUCCUGCCAGCUGUGUCUGUUGGAAAUGUUGGGCAGCUAGCUGUGGAUCUGUUGAUUUCAACCUUAACACUGCCACGAGUUGGUUACAUCUAUACAGAAUGCCUUGUGCCGAUGGCAGGAAGUAACCCAUAUGCAAGAUCUGCAGAUGAUGCGGUAGAACUAAGUAUUAAUGCAGAAGUGUAUUCCCUUCCUGAAAAGAAGCUGGCUGUACUGCAGAUAAGAUCACCAGUUUUGCAGAAUAAAUCCAAGGAGUUCCGACAGAUCAUUCUUUCAUGGGUAAAACAAAAUGGCUUUUCCAAAGUAGUCCUUCUGUCCAGCAGUCAUGCUUACCAGCGUGAUGAUCGUCAGCUGCUUGGCACUCCACUUCGUUAUUUAAUGACACCUGACCUACAGAGCAUUGUACAGGAGAAGUUGCAGUCACUGAGCUGGAAGGAACUGGAGAGGAUAGCAGCAUUUCCUGGUGUCAGUGAAACAGAACAGCAAAUCUACAUCCCUGGAGGUGGCUUUACCAAGUCUCUGUUUCAGGACAGUUGCUCUGAAGGGAUCCCAAUGGCAAUCCUUUUGAUAUUCUGUUCCGAAGGUGAUAAUAUUCCAGAUGCGUUUGCUUUAGUGAACUAUCUGAAUGACUGGCUUCAACUAGUAGAAUGCACAGGCAGUACAUCCUCCAUGUCUUCUGUGCAGUGGAUAGCCCCAAGUUCGUGGAAAUUACUAUUUGGGUGUGGACUUCCUCCACUAAUUUUCUGAUGCUUGAAACAUCAAGAAGUGUUUAACUGUAAGGCAUGUAAUGCCAAGUAACCAAUAUAUGAUUGUGAGGAGACUGAAGAUGAUGUAGUUAAGGAUGUAAGCCACUAUUUCAUACUAAACAUUUAGUAGGCUUGUGACUCAUUUUUCAUAUCCAAGUCAGCAACUUCUGAAAUGAGACUUUAUGAAUUUAUAUUGAGAACUAAUGUUUUUUAAUAAAUAUUUUGAUUUAG